UAACUCUCUCUCAGUAUGGCAACAAAAGCCCUGAGAAGAAUUUGCCACGAGCUGAAGAUGGUUUUAAAUGAGAUGAACGGAGAUGGGCCUGAGCAAGAGGAUAGCAGAUGCCUGGAGUCUGAUGUCAUCGCCAAGGGAAACAUACUUGAGACCUUUUCAGAGAGUCAGGAAAUACAGGAGUUGAUUAAUUCUCUCAGAUCAAUGCAUGGAGACCUAUCAUUGAGAGAGACGGUGCUUGAAAAAUUUAAAGUUAUAUUGAACAAUUAUCAGGAACAGCCUCACCUUUUGGAUCCACAUCUAGAGUCGAUGUUGAAUUCACUUCUGCUUAUUAUCCAGGAUGAAGCAUCUCCCUGUUCUUUAGUUCAUCUGACCUUUCAAUUUCUUUACAUCAUUUCAAAGGUACGAGGGUAUAAAACAUUCCUUCGCAUGUUUCCUCAUGAAGUAGUUGAUGUACAACCUGUCUUGGAUAUGCUGGAAUCUCAGAAUCCUAAAGACCAUGAGACAUGGGAGACACGCUACAUGCUCUUGUUGUGGUUGUCUGUAACAUGCCUGAUCCCGUUCGAUUUGGCACGGCUGGAUGGAAACAUCUCUUCCCAAGAAGGAUGCCCUCGAGUGCCAACAAUGGAUCGCAUUCUCAAAGUGGCAAAAUCCUAUUUGAUUGUAAGUGACAAAGCUCGAGAUGCAGCUGCAGUUUUGGUCUCAAAGUUUAUUACCCGCCCUGAUGUCAAACAAAAAAGAAUGGCAGACUUCCUGGACUGGACCCUUUCAAUGUUAUCUAAAUCCUCCUUUCAGACUAUGGAGGGAACUAUUGUAAUGGAUGGCAUGCUUCAAGCACUGGCACAACUUUUUAAACACGGCAAAAGGGAAGACUGUUUGCCGUAUGCUUCUACAGUGCUUGACUGCCUUGAUAACUGCAAGCUCUCUGAAAGUAACCAAACACUCCUUCGCAAGCUGGGAGUGAAACUUGUUCAGCGACUUGGCCUGACAUUUCUUAAGCCAAAGGUGGCAAAGUGGAGGUAUCAACGGGGUUUCCGAUCUUUAGCUGCAAAUUUGCAGUUUUCUGAAAGUAGUCCUGCUGCACAGGAAGCAAUAAAUGCAACGGCUGUCAAGGAGGAGGAGGAGGAGGAGGAGGAAUAUGACAUCCCAGGAGAGGUUGAAAAUGUUAUAGAGCAAUUGCUGAUUGGACUGAAAGACAAGGACACCAUUGUCAGAUGGUCUGCAGCAAAAGGGAUCGGGAGACUGACUGGAAGGCUACCAAAAGAGCUGGCUGAUGAUGUAGUUGGAUCUGUCUUAGAUUGCUUCAGUUUCCAGGAAACUGAUAAUGCUUGGCAUGGUGGAUGUUUGGCUCUGGCGGAAUUAGGAAGAAGAGGGUUGUUACUUCCCUCCCGGCUCUCAGAUGUUGUUCCUGUGAUUUUAAAAGGACUGAGCUACGAUGAGAAGCGAGGAGCUUGCAGUGUCGGCUCUAACGUUCGGGAUUCUGCUUGUUAUGUAUGUUGGGCUUUUGCUCGUGCCUAUGAUCCCUUAGAACUGAGACCAUUUGUCAAUCAGAUUUCAAGUGCCCUGGUUAUAACUGCUAUAUUUGACCGUGAUAUUAAUUGCAGAAGAGCUGCCUCGGCUGCCUUCCAGGAGAAUGUUGGUAGACAGGGUACUUUCCCACAUGGGAUUGACAUUUUGACUGCAGCUGAUUAUUUUGCGGUUGGAAGCAGAGCGAAUUGUUUCCUCAAUAUAAGUGUAUAUAUUGCUGGCUUUCCUGAGUAUACACAGUCAAUGAUUGAUCACCUGGUUAACAUGAAGAUCAACCACUGGGAUCCUGUUAUUCGGGAUCUUUCAACCAAAGCUCUGCAUAAUAUCACACCACAGGCUCCAGAAUAUAUGGCAAAUGAAGUUUUACCAAAACUGCUGCCAUUGGCAAUUGGCACAGAUCUUCAUACUCGCCACGGAGCAAUUCUGGCCUGUGCUGAGAUCACUCACGCCUUGAGUAAACUAGCAGAAGAAAAUAAGAGAUCCAUUACAUCAUAUUUGGAUGAAAAAGCCUUGGAAGGACUUAAACAGAUUCAUGUGGAGCUUUGCCGUCGUCAGUUGUAUCGGGGUUUAGGUGGAGAACUAAUGAGGCCAGCUGUCUGCGCUUUAAUUGAAAAGUUAUCACUUUCAAAAAUGCCUUUUAGAGGAGAUCCCAUAAUAGCUGAAUGGCAGUCGCUGAUAAAUGACAGUUUCAAAAGUCUCCACCUUGUUUCAAGCAAUGCAAAGCAACAAGUAAAGGAAUCGGCAGUCGCUGCAUUAGCUGCUCUGUGUAAUGAAUACUACUACAUUGAAGAGGAGGGAGCAAAUCCAGCUCAGCAAGAUGAACUGGUGAAUCAAUACAUUUCAGGCCUUCAGAGCCAUGAGGAAAUGACUCGGUGUGGCCUUUCAUCAGCCUUAGGUGCCCUUCCUAGGUUUCUUUUAAAAGGCAAGCUUCAGGAGGUUUUAGACGGCUUAAAGGGAGUCACUUCCAUUUCCCCUCAGUAUGUGAGCUUUGCUGAAUCCAGAAAAGAUGGCCUAAAAGCUAUUUCAAAGGUUUGCCUGACAGUAGGGGUGAAAGGGGAAGGAUCACCAGCUGAAGUUGUAUGCAGAAAUAAUGUCACGGAGAUAUACAACAUAUUGCUGAAUGGUCUUAAUGAUUACACAACGGACAGUCGGGGUGAUGUUGGAGUAUGGGUGAGAGAAGCUGCUAUGACCAGUUUAAUGGAAAUGACCCUUUUGUUAGCACGGACUGAGCCAGAGCUAAUCGAUGCAAAUGUCUCCAAGCGGAUCAUGUGCUGUGUGGCUCAGCAAUCAGCUGAAAAAAUCGACCGAUUUCGAGCCCAUGCAGGAUCUGUAUUCCUCACACUUCUGUACUUUGACGACCCUCCAAUUCCACACAUACCCCACCGGGAGGAUUUAGAGAAAAUAUUUCCAAGGUCCGAGGCAGUAACCUUAAACUGGAAUGCUCCAUCGCAAGCCUUUCCCAGAAUCACACAGCUUCUGAGUUUGCCAUCUUAUCAAUACCAUGUUCUGACAGGACUGACCGUGUCCGUUGGUGGAUUGACUGAAUCAACAGUAAGGUGCUCAUCACAGAGCCUGUUCAGCUAUCUGAAGGGAAUUCAGAGCAAUAUGGAUGCAAUGAACAUAUUUUGUGAUACACUGCUCAAGGUCUUUGAGGACAAUCUGCUGAAUGACAGGGUAUCUGUACCGUUGCUAAAGAUGCUGGACCAGAUAUUGGCCAAUGGCUGCUUUGAUAUUUUUCUAACAGAAGAGAACCACCCAUUUCCUAUGAAGUUACUCACACUCUGUAAAGAAGAGAGCAGAAGAUCUAAAGAUAUCCAGAAACUUCGCUCCAGCAUUGCAGUGUUUUGUGGUCUGAUCCAGUUUCCAGGCAGCAUGAGAGAGAAAGUUCUGUUUCAGCUCCUCCUCCUCCUUUGUCAUCCGUUUCCUGUUAUAAGAAAGGCAACAGCCAGUAAUGUCUAUGAAAUGCUCAUAACUUACAGUGAUAUUGCUGAACCGGAUAUUAUAGAGGAGGUCAUGACAAUUCUAAGUGACACUGACUGGGAUGCAGAAUUGUCAUUUCUGAGGAAUAAGCGCAACUAUCUCUGUGACUUAAUGAAAGUGCCCAAGCCACAACUAGUAGCUAAGAGCACAUAAUUGAAAACAGUCAAUAUUAGGAAAACAAGUUCUUCAGAGCAGUAGAUACAACAGCAGAAGGAGCUACUGUCACAGCAACUUGAAAAGUCAGGAUUGUGGAAGCGUCUUUUCAGAAGCUGUGUGCAGAAGGGGUUUUAAACUCAAAUGUAUGUUAACAAAACAAAAGUCGAUAUUUCUAGUCACUCCUUAAUCUCUAACCACAAGAUGGCAGUUUGGCCACAUGAUAUUCUCUUGUAUUUCAUGUUCAGUAUGUAUGCUGAUGUUUUGUGUUUCUUUCCCCAAACUGGAUUAAACAUCUAUUGGAAAGAUCAUCCUA